ACUUCGCGAAGGAGACGCCAUUCUCUAAAGAGCGUUCAAAAAAUAUUCUUUUCUUGUAUAUAUAUUUCUAAAAAAUAUAUCGUUGAAGAUAUAUCUAAUAUAUCACAUACUUAUAUAUUUUUUUUUUAUUUUAUAAGUCGUUUACAUUCGAUUCGUUAUUUAAAUUAUUUUCUUUUUUCGAUCGACAGCGUCGGAAUCGAGGCAUCAAGAAAAAAAAAAAGAAAAAAGUAAAGAAUAAAGAAAAAAAAAUAUGAUUCGAGAAUGUCUUGCGACGAUCCUGGCCGUAGCUGCGGUUGCCCAUGGUGCUUUCAAUUGUCCGAACAAAGAUGGCCAAUACGAGGAUGUGAAACAAUGUGACAAAUAUUACGACUGCUUGGACGGCGUACCUACGGAAAAAUUAUGCCCCGACGGGCUAGUUUUCGAUCCCUUAAACCGCAAAGUCAACAAGUGCGAUCAUGUUUUCAACGUCGAUUGCGGCGAUCGUCUUGAGUUGCAACCACCACAACCAACGAAAAAAUGUCCACGUAGAAAUGGUUUCUUCGCUCAUCCAGAACCGUCGGUUUGCAAUGUAUUUUACAAUUGCAUCGACGGCGAAGCCAUUGAAAUAACAUGCACUACAGGUUUGCAUUUCGAUGAAUAUAGCGGAACUUGCGUUUGGCCGGACAGUGCUGGACGUGAGGGAUGCGGAGUGGUGGAUAAGAAAUUGAAGGAUGGUUUCGAGUGUCCGAAGGAGAGUCAAUUAGAUAGCCGAGGUAUGGCUAUCGAUCAUCCUAAAUUUGCACAUCCGGACGAUUGUCAAAAGUUUUACGUAUGUUUGAAUGGAGUGACACCACGUGAACAGGGUUGUAGCGACGGUACUGUGUACAACGAAGAGCAACAGAGGUGUGACGCACCUGAAAACGUUCCCGGAUGCGAGGACUGGUACAAGGAUGAUGACAAAAAACCAUAAAGGAUCAUUCGAAACUCAUAUGUCCCGCAUCGGGACGCCGCUCGUACUGCCUUUUAUUUUUAAUCGCGAUUAGUUUGUAAUAAUAAUCAUUUACGUGAGAAACUAGGCGUAUUAUUGUUUCGAAAUAAAUUUUAAUUUUUACCUUAGAUAACGUUUUAUUCUCUCUCUC